AUGGCAGAACCUACAGAAGCUGCUUCUCAGGUGCCUCCAGCCCAGUCGCUGGAGGACCAGACUCUUAUCGUCUUUGCGCGCCUCAUGGAGGGCGGACAGGAAGAUAACGAGACAUGUCGCGACCUCGAUGAACUGACUAAGCUGCUCAACGACGACUAUGAAGCCCUUCAGAAGGACAAGUCUCGUGAGACUAUUUGCAAUGUUAUCGAUGGCGACUGUGUCGACACCGUUUUGUGCUAUCUUGAUAUGAGACAGCCUGAGAUAGUACGCGGCCACGCCACUCUCUCAACAUCCGCAUAUCUCAAAGCCGCUGGCGAUGAUGGUUCAAAGAAGCUCUCGACUUUCUUCUUUGACCGUGUGCGAAGGGGAACUUAUGACGAUUACAUUGUUGCCUUUUGUGUCGCCGCUGCGACAUUUCCCAUCGUCCCCGAUCUCACUGCCCAGCUGUUUCUCAACGAAGACUUCCUACCCAGCCUCGGCACACUUAUGCGACGAAAAUGGAAGAGCCGCAAGGUCGAGACGGCCUGCUUGGAGAUGCUCAACGCUGCUUGCAUGAACUCACUUUGCCGUGAGGCUAUCAACAAGUACUGCAUCGAGUGGCUUGAGGAGAUCGUCGACCAAGACCUUAGUGAGGCUGUUCGUAGCAUGAACGCAGAUCCAAACCUUCAAAGCGAUGGAGGCUCCAUUUCAAUGAGGCGGCACUCUGAACAGGUCCAGUAUCUUGCCGCAGUCAUCCUGGCCAAGCUGAGGGCAGUUCCCGCUAAACCAGCACCCGGUGAUAACAAGUCUCGAAUCGAGCCUGCAGUCACUAGUAUCGAAGAUCUCUCUGGAAUGUUCACUAAGAUGAUACUGAGAGAUGAAGAUCACGGACGAAAGCACUCUAUCGAAGGUCUCGCAUACGCCUCCCUUCAACCUAAAGUCAAGGAGUCUAUUGUCAGCAACCCCGAGUUGCUCCAGAAGUUGGUCAAGACUCUUCAAGAAGCCCAGCCAAGAUCGCCAACUACUUAUGGAGCUUUAAGCAUUUUUGUCAAUCUGACCAAAUACCUGCCCACCCUGACAGAGGAAGAAAAGAAGAUGAACCAGCUCAAGGCAUAUGCCAAUGCUGCCGGGAAGCUUGGCGGGCCCGACCCCCUUAAUGACGACGAGCAUGUCGCAAAGCGAUGCAAGCUGGUGUUUGAUGCAGGUAUCACACCGGUUCUCGUCACCCACAGUAAGAAUGGCUCGCCCGCUUCUCUAGGACUUGUUAUCUCCAUUAUUUUCUCCCUUUCAGUCGACAGGACUCUCCGCGGUCAACUCGCUCAGCAAGGAGCGGUCAAGCUUCUCCUGGUAUCAUGGAUGUCCCUGCCUCAAACUGAAGCUGCUUCACGUCGUCUUGCAGCACAAGCCCUGGCCCGCAUCUUGAUCAGCACAAACCCUGCUCUGGUCUUUGGUGGCAACCGUGACACCCCCAUCAUUGCUGCUGUCAGACCGCUUGUCUCUAUCAUCCCACCCGACCCUGCUGCUCAGACACGGGACCUCCUCCCUUCCUUCGAGGCACUUAUGGCCUUGACCAACCUCGCGUCGAUGGAUGACGAUGCGACUAGACGCAGUAUCAUCAAUACAGCAUGGAACCAGAUUGAGGAACAGAUGCUGGCUUCCAACACUCUUGUCUCCAAGGCUGCUGUCGAGCUUGUUUGCAAUCUGGUGCAGCAACCAGAGGCUAUCGCACUCUAUGCUGAAGAGACUGCCAAGGCCCGUAAUCGCCUGAACGUCCUCCUCGCCCUUGCUGAUGCACCUGAUGAUGGAACUCGAAGUGCAGCUGGCGGUGCUUUAGCUUCACUCACCAACUUUGAGGGUGUCAUCCGGGGCAUUAUUAACCGAGACCGCGGUGUGAAAGUUAUCCUCGGAAUGUGUGUCGAUGACAGCGAGGACAUCCGUCAUCGUGGAGUGUUUGUGGUAAACAACUUGGUCACUGCAGAGGGCGAGGUCGGUGAACUCGCGCGAGAGAAGGUCAAGAGCGAGGGUGGAGUUGAAACUCUUACAGAAUGUGUUAAGAAGAGUCGAAGCCCUGGCGUUGUCGAGCUGGGAGUUCAAGCUUUAAAGGCUCUGUUAGGGGAUCAAUCAUGA